UUUUCCGCGACGAUAGACGAAUCUCGCUCUUCCAUUUCAAGAUGCUGUAAUUGGCCAAAGUUAGCAACUUUCAACCCGACCACGCCAACCUGUGCAACUACAGCCAUGGCGUCCCGCGGCGACAACGGCAGCCGCUCCGGUCCGAUCUCGUUCCUCGCCAGCGUCUACGAUCUCGACACGCUUGACACCCGCUUCACCACGCCGUCGUCGGUGCCAUAUCGGGCUGCAGCGGACAAGCGGGAAGACGACAGGGUCACCGGCAGACGGGCUGAGCCGUCGAAAUGGAACACGCUCGAGUUCUAUGUCUAUUACUUGGUGUUCUUGGUUGCUGUCCCGUACAUGUUCUGGAUCGCCUAUGAUGUAUCGAGGCCGUCGGACCCAAGAUAUCAGAAGUUCAAGCAUCUGCUUUCGGACGGCUGGAUUCCAGGGCGCAAAAUCGACGUAUCCGAUGCGCAGUACCAUACCUUCCGUGUCAACCUGCCGUACAUGGCCCUUUUGCUGCUCUUCCACCCGCUGCUGCGGAGGGUCUGGAACGCCGUGUAUCCUGUCCCGCAGGAGACGAAGCCUUCCAAGUUGAACUCUCCCGAGGUUGCUGAGGCAAGGCUUCACCAACGCGCCUCGUUCGAUGCUGCCUUUGCACUGCUUUACCUCGUUGUUCUUCACGGCUUCUCGGCCGCCAAGAUCCUCGUGAUCCUGGCCAUCAACUACAAGAUCGCGACGGGACUGCCGAGGAAAUAUGUCCCGGCCGUGACUUGGGUUUUCAACAUCUGCACUUUGUUCGCUAACGAGCUGUGCGAGGGAUACAAGUUCCGCGAUACUGCGCUUCUCUUCACGGGGAGACCGGCGCUGGAUCUGGUGACGGAUACCCUGGGUUUGGUUAGGUUGGGCGAGUGGCUCGACAGUCACGGCGGGCUCAUGGGUCGUUGGGAGAUCCUUUUCAACAUUACUGUCCUUCGCCUGAUUAGCUUCAACCUCGACUAUUACUGGAGCUUGGACAGGCGGAGUUCCAGCCCCAUCGAGAAGAAACAACUCGACCCGGCCAACCUCUCGGAGCGCGACCGCAUCUCCAUCCCUGCAUCUCCGCAAGACUAUUCUUUCCGCAAUUACCUCGGCUACACCAUCUACGCCCCUCUCUACCUCACCGGCCCCAUCAUCACCUUCAACGACUACAUUUCCCAGCAGCGCUACCAGCCCGCCACGCUAUUUCCCUCACGCACGCUCAAGUACGCCAUCCGCUUCGGCCUCGUCCUGCUCGCCAUGGAACUGGUGCUGCACUACGACUAUGUGGGCGCCAUCUCCAAAUCCGGCCCGGACUGGUCCUCCUACACGCCGGCCCAAAUCUCCCUCCUGUCCUACUUCAACCUGCACAUCAUCUGGCUCAAGCUCCUGCUUCCCUGGCGCUUCUUCCGCCUCUGGUCGCUCGCCGACGGCGUCGACCCGCCCGAGAACAUGGUGCGCUGCGUCAGCGACAACUACAGCACCCUGUCCUUCUGGCGCGGCUGGCACCGCAGCUACUACCGCUGGCUGCUGCGCUACAUCUACAUCCCGCUCGGCGGGUCCAGCUUUAGGACGGGAUUCGACGCGGCCCGCACCGUGCUCACGUACCUGGUCGUCUUCACGUUUGUCGCGCUGUGGCACGACAUCAAGCUCAACCUGCUCAUCUGGGGCUGGCUGGUGGUCGUCUUCUUCCUGCCCGAGAUCGCCGCGGGGUACAUGUUCCCCCGCCGCAAGUGGGAGGGAAGGCCGACGGCGUACCGGAUGCUGUGCUGUGUUGGCGGGGUGGGCAAUGUGUUGAUGAUGAUCUCGGCUAAUCUGGUCGGGUUUGCCGUUGGGCUGGACGGGCUGGAGAAUAUCGUCAAGGGGAUUUUCAGGGACUAUUCCGGUCUGGUGUUCCUCGUUACAGCAUGCUCAGCCUUGUUUGUGGGCAUCCAAGUUAUGUUUGAAAUACGGCAGUCCGAGUUGAGACGGGGUAUCGAUCUGAAGUGCUGAGAUUCUGGUGUGUUAAAUUCUUUCUGAUGAUAGAAUUACUUUCAACUGGACAGUAUCGACAGGCUAAGUAGCUCUUGUCCCAUAAAUGGACGAAUUUUCUUGCGUCAGUGAUACUUUCAGGUUGUGUCACCUGGAACAAAGCGAUGACCCGGCAUUGCUCGAUACGCCUGCUCCCAGUGUGGCUGCAGCCCUGGGAUCACAGCCGUAUCCUUGGCCGACUCGAGGUGACAUUUGAUCUGUGCGAGUACGUGCAGGCUCCAGAACGUCAAUCAUAAUUCGAAAUAGAAACCCUGACAGCUUAGUGUUCCUUCUACUACAAGCAUGAUACGCACAUAUGCCAAGGGCAAUCUAAGGGUAUAUCCUCCCACGAC